GCCUGAACAGGCUUGUAGGUAAGAAUCAAUGUUGGAGUCAGACAAAAGUGAAGAUCGGUGAGGCCAUAGACCGAAAACAACGAAUUAGCCGACGCACUAAAAUGAUGCCAAGCCAAUCGCCCACACGACAGAAUCACCCGUUUGCCUUCGAUCCCCUCACUAUUCAAGCCGUUCGCGUCCCCGACUCUCGCGCCCAAUCCAUCGACUUCGACUCGUCAACGACAAACACCAACCUAGGACUCUUCAUCAACCGUCAAAAUGGUUCUCGCAGUUGACCUUCUCAACCCCACCCCGGCCGCUGAGGCCCGCAAGCACAAGCUCAAGACCCUCGUGCCCGCUCCCCGAUCCUUCUUCAUGGACGUCAAGUGCCCGGGAUGCUUCACCAUCACCACCGUCUUCUCGCACGCAAACACAGUUGUCGUCUGCCAGGGCUGCUCGCAGGUCCUGUGCCAGCCAACUGGUGGCAAGGCGCGGUUGACCGAGGGCUGCUCUUUCCGAAGGAAGUAAACGACUCUUCGAGAUGAUGACGGCGGGGAUUUGAUGGGUUACGAUGACGACUCUUAUGGGAUAAGGAUGUAGAUCUCAUUUGGUACCGAUCGACUCGACCGCCGGAUAGAAGAGGGAUCUUUCGACUCGAGUCAAUGCAAAAGUCAAAAUGGGAGUUCCGGAUAUCUAGCGUUGAUCAUGGGCAACCUUUCUCGAAUCUAUUUCCUUUUGUUCGGCAUGCUCUUCUACAGCUUUCAUGUACAUGCAUGUGGGAGGGGAGAUGGCAUCUCAGAGCCCCGGAUUAGUCGUCCGAGGGCAAGGACCGGUUGCAAUCGAGGACGCCUCCGCAUGCAAGCGGUCCUUUGUAAAUCGAACAGGUCAAUUUCUCA